AAUGUCAAUAUUUACACAUUUCCACAUUCGAAAACUUUUUUGAUUAGAGCAAGCAUUCACUGUAAUUUUAACUGAACGCUGAAACUCUGAAGCGUUUCCAGGAUUUCCUUAAAAAUGGUAGAUGUAAAUAUGAUAUUAGAAUUAGCGAAAGAAAAGCCGAGUGGUUUAUCGAAUAAUGAUAUACAAACCAUGAUACCAGGGGCUAAGCUCGCAGAUAUUGCUGAUGCAAUUAAUAAAUGUCUCAGAACAGGAUCGUUAGAACUUUAUCAAAAUAAAGGUAAAUUAUUGUACAAAUAUAAAGAUUUAUCUAAAGCCAACUCAACAAAAGGGUUAGAUUGUGAAGAGAAAGUCGUUUUCCAAUUAAUUGAAGAAGCUGGCAAUAAAGGAAUAUGGAUCAGAGAUAUAAGAUACAAAUCAAAUUUGAACAUGACGCAGUUAAACAAAGUUUUAAAGAGCUUGGAGACAAAGAAAGCCAUCAAAGCUGUGAAAUCAGUUGCUGCCAGCAAGAAAAAAGUGUAUAUGUUAUAUAAUUUGGAACCAGAUAGUACUAUAACAGGUGGUGCUUGGUAUCAAGAUCAAGACUUCGAAUCCGAAUUUGUAGAUGUCCUUAAUCAGCAAUGUCUACGUUUUCUGACUGAGAAAGCAGAAUCAGCAAAAUCACUCGGUCCAAUUUUGGGGCGAAAAAAGAGUUAUGCCACCGUUGAAGAAGUUCAUGAAUUCAUUUCAGAACUUAAAAUUAGCAAAGUUUCCUUAGCAGUUGGAGAUAUAGAGAGCAUAUUGUAUACAAUUGUUUUGGACAAUAAGGCAGAAAGAAUAUAUUCUGGCGAUUCUUACCUGUAUAGAGCUGCUAAUGGUUUUAUUCCUUCCACUGGAAUUAUUAAAACUCCUUGUGGAAUGUGUCCUAUUGAAGAAAGAUGUUCUAAAAAUGGUAAAAUCAAUCCAAAAGUGUGUGAAUAUCUAAAUGAAUGGUUAGAUAAUUAAUGUUAAGGAAUGCUAGUUCCUCCAAACAAUUUACAGAUAAUUUUCAGUUCCUAUACAGCUAAAAUACUGAAGUAUUUUGGGAAAAAUGCAUAUGCAGAGUGACCUUGGUAUUAUAUGAGUCUCAAUUGAAAUUGGUUUUAAUUGGCUUGUUGCCAUUAACUGCCAAAAUAUGAAACAGAAUAAGAGAAGAAAAAUUUAGUACAUUUCAAAGCAGCUAUGAAAUGUAUUGAUGUUAUAUAUUCACCUCAUCAGAUGAAUAAUGAAUAUUUGAACUCAAAGUAUUUAUUUGAUUUUUUAUGACUGAUUUGUUAAUUGUUCACAAUAAAUUUCAUAUUAGUAA